CAGUCUUACUCAGAGGUGAAUGCACUCAUUUUCAACACCGACACUCUCUAAAAACUUGCUACAGGCUCUUUCUCUGUUCAUCAACUUCUUUCUUGGCUCGCUUGAAGGUUUGGCGCAACAAGUAGCCAUUCAAGAAUGAUGCGACCAAAAGAUUUACGCCAGGGAUCUGGCACCAAGACCUUCCUAGAUGCUAUGCACGGUGGUAAAGUUCACCUUGCGCGCUUCAUUCUGGAUGCCUUGGAUGGACGCAUUAUCAACUCAAAGACAGAAAACAGCCGCACCCCGCUCAUGUACGCCGUCUGCUUGCAAGACAAUGGGACCAGGGCCAAGUUCACCCAGCUGCUGCUGGAGAAAGGGGCAGAUGUCAACUGUCAGGAUGAGGAUGGUCGCACAGGCCUGAGCUAUGCCUGUGAGAUGGGCCACCUGGAUGUUGUCAAGCUUCUAGUGCAGUUCAAUGCAGACCCGGAUAUCUGUGAUGCCUGGGGUAACAGCGCUCUCAUGUAUGCUGCCUUUUCUGGGCACAGCCAGAUUCUGGAGUUCCUGAUCCGGGCUUUCAAAAGACUGGGACUGAGGUUAGAUAAAACAAAUAAUGCAGGUCACUCGGCCAUCGAGGUGGCCAACUUCUUUGGACACAACCAUUGCGUCCAGGUUCUGAACUUUCCUUGCCGGAGGGGUGCUGGCACAGAUGAGCCACUUGCUGAUGCAGGUACCAUCAGGGAAGGAGAUUACCAGCUGCCCAACAGACUCCCCAAACAUGUCCUGGAGAGGUUCUCCAAGCAGGUGAAUAAUGAAGACCAACUGCCCAGGGUAUUUCAGAGACAGCUGAGGAUUGGAGACAGCAGCGGGCACCACUUCCGAUAUCCCAGGAGCCAGUCUCAGGAGGACAGCCACUGCCACAGCUGGGCUCUGCCUCCACAACUGGAAAAAAGCCAGACUGAGGGGGAUCACAGCAUUCUCUUCACUUCUAAACAACUACAAAACUGCCAGCUUAGAGAGCUAAGAGGGACUAAAACACUGAAUUCUCUGCCCGAGCCGAGCCAGAAAAAUGUCAGCCGAGACACUGGACUUACAGAGCAAACACCAGAGAGUUUUCCUCAUUGGGGAAAAGCAAAGUCAUUUAACCUGGACGAUCAGAGCACCAGAAAGCAGUCUUAUCAGGGUGAUAUGCGUGACAUGAGCCUGUCAGCCAGCAAAUUAAAGAGACCCUCGCUACAAGAUGAGAGAUGCCUGAUAGACAAGAUGGAAUGUCAAGGGAACAAAUGUGGCCUGACAAACGAUGCUGACAAAACUUUCUCAGUGCCACAGUCUCUUUUAAACGGCAAGAGUCAACCCUUGAGAACGCACAAGGAGAAUGUCAAAUCACAGAGGGAAGAGGCUAAUGACUCAGCACCAUCAAGCAGGAGAGAGGAGCAGAAGAGGGAGAGCUUUGGUCCAGUCAGCAGACACAACAAACUGCUCUUUGCCAGAGGGGAGAUAGAGUCAGGGAAGAUCUCAAAUCGUACGCCGGGAUUUGUGGGCCUGGGGACCAGACUGCUGCGUCGAUUCACCGCGCCAGAGUUCAUGAGGAUGGUGAUAGACUGUUCAUCGGGCUCAUCAAAUGGCAAAGGGCGAAUAUCCCGCUCCGAAACGUUCCCCCUCUCUCACACACAUCAGCAGGUCAACAGCCAGCCGAGUGUUGACAGCAUCAGUGGAGUGAAGUGUGAGUUUGAAAGUUACUCAUCUCAGGCCACGCUUGAGUAGAAUAAGGACAGUGUUGAGCAAGAGAAACGGCUGGUAGUGGAACUUUUACAUCACCUAAAAUUCUGACAAUGCAGUUUAACUGUUAGGUGAUAUAUUCUAUAUACUGAGACAAAUAUUAAUCAUUUGCUGAGGUCACAGCUUAUUUGUUUUUUCAGUGUGUAUUAAUACAACGUUUAAAGCUUAUUAAGCUGCAUACCCCUGCAAACAAAUGAGCAAUUCUUUAUCUGAAAUAAUUUAUAAAUGAACAUGUCAGUCUGUGAAAUUAUUUUUGUGUCACAUAUGUCAUAUUGUAUGAGAUUAUAUGUAUUUGAUAUUGCUUCUGUGUUUACAAGAAAUAAUGUAUGUAUUUUGCUUCAGGAUAUUCAGUGACUGUGUACUGUAUGACUCAUGCUGAAUACCUAAU